AGUCUAUUCACUGUUUACUAAUCGAAACUAAAAAACAAAUGAAGAUGUGCAGUGUUUUGUGAAUAUUUAAUGGUAAAAAAUUAAUAAACAUGUAUAUGCUUGUGUUGUUUUUGUAUAUAAUAAAUCAACCGUGCAGUGCACAGAGUAGAAACGAUGUCACAUAUCAAAUAGCUGGUAUUUUCGAACAGGAAGCAAUUACUCAGCGACUAGCAUUCGAUGACAGCAUGAAAGAUGCAAGCUUAGAUGAUUAUAGACUUGAACCGAUUAUUAUACCGCGUUCUAGACCGGAUAUUUACACAACAUGGCGAGAUUUAUGUUCGAACAAAAUGAUGCAACCAAUAGCAAUAGUUGGUCCUCAAAGUCCAUUUAAAAAUACAGCAGUAAUUGACCAGUGUAUUAUUUCCAAAAUUCCGUAUUUACAAGCGACUUGGCAGCCUCCAGAGAUAGAAUAUUUUGAAGAUACAACAGUCGAUAACAGCACUGAAAGUGACGGACAAGAGGAUACGGUAGAUUAUAAGAAAAUGAUCAUUAAUUUUUAUCCCGAUAGCGACGAGAUUUCCACAGCGCAUGCUGCAUUGUUAAAAUAUUACAAAUGGGAAAAUUUCGCUGCUCUUUAUGAGGAUGAAUAUGGUUUAAUGCGUAUACAGAAAAUUUUAGCAGAAUACACAGACCAGUAUCCAGUGACUAUAAGAAAACUUGAACCCGAUGGUGAUAACUAUAAAGUUUUCAAAGAAUUGCAGAACAGUCAAGAAACUCGUUUUUUUAUUGAUUGUCACGUGGAUAAUGUUCUGAAAUACAUGGACAUUAUAAACAUGUUAAAUUUAGAUGACUUUUAUCAGCAUUAUAUUUUCGCGUCACUGGACACUUCGAUCGUAGCUCAUAAGCUUACUGACUACCGAUGUAACAUAACCUGGCUUAGUAUCACAGAAUAUGACAAGUUAAUAGACGCGCAGCACUUCUUAGCCCAGAGAGUUGAACGAUGGGCUAUCAACACAGUUUCACCACCAGUAACUGACAUGCCGGUAUUAAAGUAUUCAUAUUUUAUCACAAUAAGAAA